ACGACUCUCACACUAGCUCCGCGACCCUCAGGCCCUCAGUCUGUCUGUGACCCGUGCGGCGGCGGACGUGCAGGAGCUUCUCGUGUCACGCCAGGACAACACAAAAGCCACACGUUCGCCCACCGUCGCGCCCCCCCCCCUCACCACCCCCCACCGCCAGCAGGAUGGGGCGCCGCAGGAUCCAGCGCUGCACCACGCCAGAGCUCAAGGACGUGCUCCUCGAGUCGUCAGGAGGAAGGUGGUUCCGGCCCGUCAACGGCUACGAUGAGGUCUUCCCGGGAAUCCUUCUCGGGGACGCCGACACGGCCCUCUCGACCAACCUCCUGAAGGACAUCGGAGUGACCCACGUCCUGAACGCCGCCCAGGGCCACAACAACGAGGUCUACCGCGGCUACGUCAGCACCACCGCCAACUACUACAAGAAGAAGGGCAUCUUCUACCUGGGCAUCCCCGCCAUGGACAUGCCCGGCUUCUACCUCAAGCCUUACUUCAGGGAGGCCGCGGACUUCAUCCAACACGCGCUGCAACAAGGAGGGAAGGUUCUGGUGCACUGCCAGUGCGGAAUCUCGCGGUCAGCCUCUCUCGUCGCCGGCUUCCUGAUGCUCCGACGUGGUAUGAAUGUCCAGACCGCCCUCGCCACCAUCAGCAAGAAGAGGAGCAUCUUCCCCAACCAGGGCUUCCUGAGUCAGCUGUGCGACCUGGACUACGAGCUGCGCCGUAGCGGAGAGAUCCCCGACUCGGACCUGCCAGACCGCCGCGGGUCUUUGCCUUACCGCGAGACGUCGCCCUUCCGUAACCCGUCGGCGUACCCUCGGUUUACGUUAGUGCCUUACAGGACCUUCGAGACGUACUCCGACACCAAGACGUACGUGCCCCCGCGAAGGUCCUCCUCCGUCGACCGGUACGAGGCUCCCACCAAGCCUUUCGCCCAUAACCCGCUCGUGGAUUCCAAGACCUACGGCCGCACGAGGUCCUCCGUGAGCCCCGUCCGCUACACGCGCAGCCCCUCCGUGUCCUACACGAAGUCCUUCAUCGACGACGACGACGAGGAGCCCAUCAACACGAAGGUGUUUGAUACGUACAAGCGAUACGUCAGGUCAUCCACGACACCGCUGCCGUCCUCGGUCUACAGGGAGAGGCUGGCCCGCAUCCUGGACUACUACGUGCCGCCCAGGAACAUCCUCUACGACACUACGCCAACGCCGUAUUCCUAUUCAAUUGAGACGUAUUACCCCGACAGGACCUACCAGUAUAUCAACAACCUCAAUAAGUACUACGACACCUAUAGGUACAUGAGGGAGCCGAGCCCCGUCAGAGCCUACUCGCCCGUGCCCGAGCGCCGCACCUACAACAUGGUGCCUCUCAGGGGCUACCACUCGGGUACGACCUACGUGUCAACCUAUCCUUAUACAGAGAAAUACUUCCCGACCAUCUGCAAGUAUCCAGCCACAGCGCGGGCUCUAAACACAGCCACGCUCUCCACCUUCGCGACUCUCAGGGCGUAAUACUCUAGGCCCUGGGACGCUAAUACUUAACAAUGCUAUUAAAAUUAAUGUUCAUGUUUCAGCUUCAUUGUUUUAACAUUUGACGUCCUGCCGCGACGUUUGAUGUUCAGGCAUCAGCAUUUGGUCUUUUUAAGAGUCUACCCAAAUCUACCAUUACAUAGAUAUGUUCACUGUCCUAGAGUAUACCGUGUAGGAUACGAUUUAGAGUUCCCUAAAUAGUUUUCUGUGAGGAGACUGUGGUCUGCCAGAUGCUUGGAGCUGUGUGGGUGUUGCUGAUGUGAAUAACUUUAAAUGUGCAGUAUAGAAACUGUGUCAUAUUCAUGUGAUGUCGCAUUCAUCUUUUUAAAGCUACAGAACGACCGAUGUUCGUGUCUACACAUUACUAAUACUCAUACCAAGCUGU